GCAAUAAUUAUUUAUAAUAAUACCUUAUAAUCAGCUUUUUUGGGACGAUUUUAUUAGUUUUUAAUAUAAUUACAAAAGGUUGUUCUAGGAUCCGCUAGGUGUUAAAUGCUUCCAAUAACUGUAAUGCUAUGUUUAUUAACUUGUUUUAACUGUAAAUUUUAAUAAAAUGAGGAAAAUUCUGUUGGUGGGCGAGUGUGUCUUAGAUAUUAUUCAAAUUGUUGAAACAUUCCCAAAAGAGGAUGACGAUGUGCGAAGUGUACAUGCUUACCACCAAAGAGGAGGUAAUGCAUCCAAUAGUUCAACAGUCUUGACAAACUUGGGGUUAAAUUGUGAACUACUGACUACAUUCUCAAAUGAUAAAAUGUUUGUGUUCAUAAUUGAAGAUUUAAAGGAUCGAGAUAUAGAGAUUAAAAACUGUCGAUACUAUGAAAACUGCAACAUUCCAUUAUCAACUGUUUUGUUAAGUAAGGAUACGGGAUAUCGUACAAUUAUACAUACCAAUAAAAACCUUCCACAUGUUAAGUUUGAGGAUUUUGAUAAAUGUGACUUAAGUGAAUAUUAUUGGGUACAUUUUGAAGCACGUAGUGUACCUGAAACGACAAGAAUGAUGAAAAAAAUUAAGGACUUCAAUGAAGGCAAAGCAGAAAGUGACAAAAUCAAAAUUUCAUUGGAAUUGGAAAAGAAACGCGAUGAAAACAUGUUACUUAUCAAAUAUGCUGACGUUGCCAUUCUUGGAAGAGAUUUUGCUGAAAUUCUUGGAUGCAAUGAUAAGAAAACUGCUAUUUAUAAAUUGAGGGAUAUGACGAUGAAUGAUGACAGGUAUAAGAAUAAAAACUGCAUGUUGAUCUGUCCUUGGGGUAAAGAUGGCGCUUGUGCUUUGGAUUUAGAAGGGAACUUUUUUGAGAGUCCAAUAUAUCCUUGUGAAACUACUGUAGACACUUUAGGAGCAGGUGAUACCUUCACAGCAGGCAUCUUAUACAGCUUAAUAAAGGACUUUAAUAAUAUACAACAAGCAAUCCACAAUGGCUGCAAAUUGGCAGGCUAUAAAUGUGGAUUUUAUGGCUAUGACUGUGUCAAAGACUUCCAAUUUUCAUAAAAAGAACAUUUUUGUGUGCAAAACUUUAUUAUUUUUUUAAGUACGAAACUUUCAAUAAACUUUGAAAAUUGUUAUGCUUCUUCUUGCACAAUAAGAAUUUUAU